UUGAUGACGUCAUGAACCCGGAAGCGAGCUGGAACUGUCGCGUGGAGAAGCGCAACAUUUCCAAGCUGAAGAAAACAUGCUUCACGUCUACCUCGCCUGCCUUUUUACACUUUCAGACGCCGCGUCUGCUAUUCGUAUCGGAACACCGAUAAAAACAAACGACAGACCAAUAAUCGGUGUUCUCGCCCAGGAUGUGUAUGACCCGUCGCCACACAGAAACUCGUAUAUUGCGGCGUCCUACGUCAAGUUUCUGGAAUCCGCUGGCGCUCGUGUUGUGCCUGUGACGAUAAAUAAAUCUGAUGAUGAGUACAGAAGGCUCUUCAAAUCCAUAAAUGGAGUCCUUUUUCCUGGUGGCGGAGCCAGUUUAGAAUCAUCUGGCUAUUCCAAGACGGCUGCCAUUUUCUACAGACUUGCUCUUGAGGCCAAUUCAAAUGGUGAUUACUUUCCUGUCUGGGGAACCUGUUUAGGAUUUGAACUUCUCACAUUACUAACAAGUGGAAAGUUGCUGUUGUCCCACACCAACACCAGUGGUAUUGCCUUACCACUGAACUUCACACACGAUGUUAGAGACAGUAAACUGUUCAAAGACUUUCCUGAAGAUCUUAUGAAAUCACUGGAAACAGAACAACUCACGGAGAACUCUCAUCAGUGGAGUCUUACUACUGAGAACUUUACCAAGAGUGAGACCCUGAGAAAGUUCUACAAAGUUUUGAGUACCAAUACCGCUGGACAAAACGAGUUUGUGUCCACAAUGGAAGCAUAUGAUUUCCCCAUCUACGCUACUCAGUGGCAUCCAGAGAAGAAUGCUUUUGAGUGGACCCGGCCGUAUGUUCCCCACACGCCUUCAGCCAUUAAGACCACGUUCUACACGGCUUACUUUUUUGUGAAUGAAGCAAAGAAAAGUUUUCACAGCUUUCCUAAUGCAGAGGAAGAGGAAAAAGCUUUGAUCUAUAACUACAAACCUGAAUACACUGGACCUCUGAGUGCAUUUGAACAGAUCUAUUUUUUUAAUUAGAUUAAUUCUUUAAAUGUACAGAGUCUUUAUUAGUGCUUUCUUUUUAUAAUUAUUAUUAUUAUUAUUAUUUAAUUUUAAGUUUGAAACGUCGCGUACACACAACAUGAAAAUGAAUCAAACUGAAUUAUAACUGAGAUAAAUUAUUAUUAUUGUUCUUUUUAGACAUAUCAAAAUGGAAUGCUUCCCAAACAACGCAAAGAACAUUCAUUUUCACAUGAUGAAAUGAUGUAAAUAAACACGUAUACAAAAAACGUGCAGAAUUUGUAGUGUUAAUAACAUGUGCUUGCUGUGAAUCUGAAGAAAACAUACCAACAUCACAUUUCACAAAAACAACAACAAAAACAAAGUCAUUUCUUUAGUUUGAUGACCUGGAUGAGUUCUUUACAGGUCUCCCAAGCGCACAAGAUCUUAAUAAAAUUUCCAUGGUUGGGAAA